UCAAUUCUCAGGGCAUAAUUUCAUCAUCCAAUUUCUCUGUUGGAAAAAACCGGUAAUGUCAUUUUCUGUGAGCAGUUUUAACUAUAAAUCAUUCUAUGUUACGUCUUUGAUGUUAUGAGGAGUUGCACCAGCAGCUCUUAGACACAGCAUCAAACCAAGCUGGUGCUGAACAGAGAAUCCAGAUACAGAACAGCAACACUUUGGACUUUGUAAGUCUGGUACCUAACGUAAACUGCCUAUUGAUUUAUUUCACUGAUAGCGUUCACUGUGAUUUUUCUUGUUUAGACGAAAGAGUUUUCACUGAGCCAGUUGGUCCUUCAGGACACACUCUCUGAAGUUCCAUGAUGUUUUUACCAAGGAACGUCUCUGUCAUCAUUCACCCUCCAGGUUUCUACAUCAUUGGUUUUCAGACUUUUCCCUUCGUCGGUGUUUAUUUCAUCUUCCUGGCAUUUGUGUACGUGGUCACAGUGCUGUUCAACACUCUGGUCAUUUUCAUCAUUGUCUUUAACCACUGUUUGCACACUCCAAAGUUCGUGGCCGUGGUCAACCUGGCUGUGAUCGAUUUAAUCUUCAACACAAGCAUUAUUCCUAGCAUGAUAAAGAUAUUUCUCAUGAAAGACAAUUUUAUUCCAUUUAACUUGUGUUUGGUGCAGAUGUUUUUCUACUAUACUUUUGUGACUCUGGAGUCGUGUGCACUCGCCGUACUCGCCUACGACCGGUUGGUUGUGAUAUGUUUCCCUCUGCGUCAACACUCAGUCAACACUCUGAGAAGCAUGACAUUUAUCAUCAGUGUCACCUGGUCUUUUACUGUGGGAAUUGUGUCAUUUUCAACAGCUAUAAUGACCCGACUGUCCUUCUGUAAUUCACUCAGAGUCUUCAGCUACUUCUGUGACUAUGCACCUGUGUUCAGACUGGCCUGUAACGACUACACUCUGCAGUGGUUGACAGCGUCCAUUCUCACUAUUCUGUGUCUGGGCGUACCCUUUGGUUUCAUCCUACUGUCUUACACUGUCAUCCUGGUGACGGUGUUCAGGAUGAAAUCACUGGACAGCAGGAAGAAAGCCUUGUCCACUUGUGUGGAACAUCUGAUUCUUGUUGCUGUCUUCUAUAUUCCAAUUCUUGUCAUUUUUCUGAUGGGUUUCUACCUGAGAGUCAUUGACCAGGACCAGCGAGUGCUCAGCCUGUCUCUGGCCUCCUGUAUUCCUCCCUGCAUUAAUCCUAUGGUGUAUUCUUUGAAAACUAAAGCCAUCAAGGUCAGAGCCUUGGCUGUGUUUGUAAAAAAAUAAAGUUAAUUUGUACAAAGAACAUCAAUCAAAUUAUUCAAAUCAAAAAAGUAUCAGUGACAUGGAGUUAUAAAGGAUCCAGUGUCUAUGGACUAUAGACCCAAUGGUGCUAAUAUUAACAUGUUAACAUGGUUUAAUCUUAUUGCUUGUGGAAAAUUCUACUAUAAUUUUGGAUAUUAUUUAUAAAUUGUGCUUUAAAGGGAUUCAGAGUCAACUAUGCAUCUAUAAAAUACAUCAAAUUUGUGUAAAAGUUGUGAGAAAAUACCUUUAUGCCAUACAUGUUUGUUAAAGAUUUGUCAUUAAUGCUCAUUCUGAGCAAAUGUGAUAUAAAGUGAAACACAAUGAACACAGAAUCCUCUUAUGUCUCAAUAAGUUAUAUAUUUUGAUUUAUUCUGCUAAUUGGCUGAAAAGACCAAAAAAACUAGUUCAGUUCCUCUUGAUCUGAGGCAGUGUUUUUGAGGCAGUGAACUCUUUAGUUCACUGAACACAAGAUCAUAAAUAUGAAUUCUGUUGUCCAAGACUGUAAAAUCUACUUCAUUUGUCUAUUGAUAUAAUAGAAAGAAAGACUGCAUGAUUACUUUCCAAAAUGCUCAAAAAAGCGUCUCUCUCCAGCUCCAGAGUCUACAGCCAGCUGAACCCAGCAGACCCUGCCAUGUGUAGUUCAAUUAAAGAAA